AUCUAAUCUCUUGGCAUGCCUGAUCGCGUUUCCUCAAUCUCGCGUCUUGAUGUAAAUAGAUUACCAGCAUGAGCAAACACUGCAACCAAUUCACAAGGGCAGAUUCGAUGAAGAUGUUGACCAGAUGCCGCCGCUAUGUCUGACGUCCAGGUUAUGCGGCCCCAGAGGAGUGUCUUGACCUCAGUCUUCUCGCCAAACAGUGUCAAACCACCCAGACAUCGUCAGCGCUUCGCUCCAACAGCAACCUCUAUCAUCCCAACAAUCAAGUCAGACUUGACGUCGCAGUUGACAGUCCUACUCGGCAUCUGGGACGAAUCGUUCGUCUACGGGCAGAACAGAUUGCUCCCAAAUGUGGGCGGGCCAUUUCACAGUCACUUCGAUUCGUGCCCUCCAGCGGGCCAGUUUCGACAGCCAACCAACGCCGAUCAUGCUGCACAAUCCGCUAGAGAGGCACAAUCGCCACUCUGGACCAACCUUCGCCAGUGGAGAACAGCAAUCGGAUAUGGAGCGGUAAAACGUCUGCUGGCGGCUGUUCUUAAUGACUUGAUGACCGAGUUUGUCAACUGGUCUUAUGCAGAAAUCUAUCGGGAAGAGCUUCAUGCUCACCUUGACUUCUGGGUAGAGCACCUGUUUGCCAGACUCACCCGCAAUAUCCUCUGUGCGUUAGAUGAGAGUACCGACGUCUAUGUCUCCGAGGUGGAAGUGAAGAGAUGGAAAGACAUGGCCACAUCACGCUUGGGAGCCCUUCGAGUAGACGAAUUGUUCGAGAUAAUUGUGGAUUGGGAUGCGACCGCUCCGGCUAUAGAAGACCUCCGACGGUUCACGACGAAUCCCGCCACGCGAGGAUAUCUGACACACGACUUCGCGAACGCUCUUCAAACCCGCCUCUUGCACCCAGGUGCCUCCACUGUGGAAAUCCUUCAGCUCUACAUCUCCAUCAUUCGAUCAUUUUGUGUCCUCGACCCGAAAGGCGUGCUUCUGGACCGUGUCACCAGAAAGCUCCGGCGCUACCUCCGCGAGCGCGAUGAUACUGUCAAAGUCAUUGUGGCAGGGCUUCUAAGUGACUCUGUUCGACAGGAAGACGGAACGGCCGCACCAGGAGAUCCAGAAGUCCUUACGAAACUCGCGGUGGAGUUGUCCACGCACACUGCACACGACAGCAAUACCGACGAUAGCGAGUUCGACUGGAACAACAUGGAAUGGAUGCCCGACCCCAUUGACGCCGCGCCAGACUACAUAAAAUCCAAGAACACGGACGUGAUUGGAAGUCUAAUCACGCUCUUCGACAGCAAAGACAUUUUCGUCAAAGAACUCCAAAACACACUCGCAGAUCGUCUGCUGAAGAACAAGCCGGACUUUAACCAGGAGAUCUCAGUGCUUGAGCAUCUGAAGAUCCGCUUUGGAGAGUCUGCGCUGCAAGGCUGUGAAGUCAUGCUACGCGAUGUCCUCGACUCUCGGAAAGUCGACAAUGUAGUCCGCAAAGACCGGGGUAUGGACACCCAGGCUAUGGACGCCGCGGCGGAGAGGCAAGAAGCGGGAAGUCUUUACAUCGAAUUGCACACGAAGAUUCUCUCCAGGCUGUUCUGGCCAUCAAUGCCCGAACAGACCUUCACAGUUCCCGACAUCGUGCUCAAGCAACAAGAGAGCUACGAGAUAGGAUUCGAGGCACUCAAACAAUCGCGCAAACUCACAUGGCUCAAUACCAUCGGACAGGUCGAAGUCGAAUUGGAGCUGGAUGACCGCACAUACCACGACGAAGUGCUUCCCUGGCAGGCUGCAAUCAUUUACGCGUUUCAAGGAGAAGCCAACGAAGUUAAAAGAACAGUGGCCGACCUUGCCACCGAGCUCAACAUGUCGCCUACGCUCGUCCGGUCCGCGUGUAUCUUCUGGGUGUCGAAGCGCAUUUUGGCCGAAGCCAGUGGCGCGAAGGACACGUACUUUGUUCUCGAGACGCUACCGGAUGGCGUGGACAGUAUUAUGAAUGACGACCACGGCGGACGACCCGACGCAGCGGCCGUUGCUGCAGAAGCUGCGGCCGCACAGGCUGCGAGAGAGGCAGAGGAAGAGGAACGGAAAUCGAAAAUGGCCAUGUAUCACCAGUUUGUCGUGAGUAUGUUGACGAACCAGGGACAAAUGCCGUUGCCGAGGAUCGCUAUGAUGUUGGGCAUCGUGGUACCGGGCGGGUUUCCGUUUAGUAACGAGGAAUUGAAGGAGUUUCUGGCGGGGAUGGUCAAGGACGGUGUGCUGGAUGUUGGGGCUGGGGGCGCUUAUAAAGUUGCCAGUUCAUGAUGGGGUGAGAAAGCAUGUAUGAAGUUACGACGACAGAAAAUGGGCACACUGACAUACUGAGAUGGAGUUUGUCUUGACUUUGCACAUGAGAGCAGAUGCAUCACGACCGUUUGAUGCGUGAUGUUUGAGGCACUGUUCUGUUCAUGAAUGAUGCUCAAAAAGAUGAUUUCCAGGACUCCCAAACCAUCUACUGUAUCACAUCAAGAGCAUGCCCUUGCAUCCUAUUGCGCAUGUCACGUUGGCAUCAGUCGAGCAGUCUAAUCAGCAUCCAACCUCGCCACAGGCGGCGUAUCGUCAACCUGAAUACC